AUGCCAAUUUUCACUUCUUCUGGUGGUUCAAGUUCGAGGUUGGUUUUACUAGUUUAUUUUUUCUAUACAUAUUAGAAAUAUCAAAUUAAAGCCACAAUAUGACCUUUUUUCAGUGGUAACAAUGUCGUUCCAAUUUUGGACGCUGAAGAGGUUGGAAAGCGACUUGACCUGGAUCCAAAGACUGUGGAUUGGUUGAAAAAAGAGCCCGCAAACGACGAUGAUCCAAUUUUGGUCUUGAGCUACCAAAAUGCGUUUUUGAAUCAUGGGAAUUUCGACGUUAACAAGCAGACCGUGUCAACCGCCUUGGUAUGUUUUUUUAAAAUAUUUAUUUUGUUUUUGUUUUGGUCUAUAAAGAUUAAUCGUUUUUUGUUAACUUUGAUUUUUUCAGACUGAUUUGGGCGCUACCCUUAUCAGCGAAAAUGUAUUCAAGUUUGAUGAUUGGCCAACGAUGUAUGCUGCUAAGGACAAUAUGUGGAUCAAUAUGCCAUGGUGUUUCUAUCAUCCACAUCUUGGCACGGCUCAAAAACUCAACAUUAGUCAGCAGCCGACGAUUACAACCACAGCGAUUACUUGGUUUUCGGAGACGAAAGGCAAAUUGACUAUCCAGCCAUAUGAAUUCUUUAAAUUGUAAACUUUUUGUGUCUUAAAAGUGAUAAUUGGAAUAAAAUUAUUAUUUAUUCAUUUAUUUGACUAAUUCACCGUUCUUCAAGAUUUAAAUUUUAUUAGACUUGGUAAGUUUUUAUCGAAUCUUAGAUUCUCAGGCACUCCUGAAGGAGCUUGCGACGCAGAACCUCCGGAUUUGUCUAGCUUCGCCAUUUAUUGAACAUUAUUUUUAUAAGUACACGAGUAAGCAAAAAGCCACUUUUUACCUUGGCCUCAGAAAAGAGGAGAGAGUCGAUUUCGCGCCGAACUCUUUUUCAUUGCACACACCGACAAAAGUUCCCGAAAAGCAGCAGCGGAUCAUCAUUCAAGAGCCGUGAUGCACGAGUCGGACUACUGGAGCAGCAAAAAAUGAUGGUUUUCGAGGGGGGUAAGGUUGAGGAAGAUUGAGAAUGAAUGGUUCAGGGGGACUGGGCGAAAACCCUCUGAAAACACUGUAGAAGUUGUCAGGCUUCAUGUAGAAAACUUGAAACUUUUGGAGUUGCCUGUAGAAAGCUUCAUUUUGGAGACCUUCAAAACUGUGAAAAAGUUGAAACCCUUCCAUGGCCAAAACACACCUGUGCUCUUCCGUUUCAUUCUUUGUAUUCGGUUCUGUUUUCUGCUCUAAAUCGCCUCCCCCUCUAAACCUUCCGAACGUCCCACGCAUCCUUUGUGUCGCUCCUGCAAAGUUGCCCCCGAUUGUUUCUAUUUGUACACGUCGGAAAUCGGUGUAGUCCCUUCAAUCCGGCAGGUGUUUACACUUCAUGCAAGAAGUACCGAACUCAAUACAAACAGACGUACCGACACCACAACACGGGCGGCUCACAAUCUCUGGAAACAUUUUGAUCUCGUUCGCGUCGUUCGAGUCGGAAUACGAAUUGAAUAUAGUUCAAGGAUGACGUUCGAUUGUUGCUCUCAGUUCAACAACUGUUUUUGUUUUCUUUUUGGUUUCGCUGCGACGAUGAAUCCGUGUCAAUUGAAGUGUGUGUGUGGGUGUUUGCGAUGAGCCCGACACAAAUAGAAUGGAAUUUUUCGAUACUCUUCUGUUUUGCUUUUUUUGGAAUGUGAAUGGGCAGAACGGCGGGUCUGAAGUGUGAAAAUGGAAUCGAGAAGUAACGAAGAGAGGGACUUUGAGUGAACAUUGUGGAGCCGCCAGGUUGACCAAAUGGAACACCGUCCAACUACAGUAAUCCUCAAACUUUUCUUCAGAAAUCACGACAUCGUAAAGUUCGCUUUCAAUUAUUUUCCAGCUCACUGCUCCACAUUCCCAGGUGUCUUUGGACUUUCAAAUCGGAAAUACGCCUGAAUUCGUGUAUUUUUACGUGAAGUUCUACAGAACUUUUCCACUUUGUUUUCAUUAUUUUGAAGCAGAGGCCUUGAGACCAAAAAAACGUGACCCCUGAUGCUUUGUGAAUUGUGUUCCUGUCUUGGUUUACGCUCUCUAAGCCCUAACUAGGGAAUGGCCUGCACUUACCUUGGGCUUUUGGAAUGGGACCUAUAUGAUUCGAAAGAGAAUUUCACGGAGAAACCGAAUCUGCUCUCCAUUUUUGCUAUACAGGUAAACCGCGAUUGGUCAAUUAUACGUGGGGAUCAAUGGUUGACAAAUGAUGCAUCAAUCCGCGAGCCGGACACUCGCGGAUUGAUAAAUUGUACACGGUCGCUCGCUGGUUCAUCAAUUGUUAGUGAUAUGGCUCGCGAUUGACCUAUGAUUGACCAAUACUUACAGAUAAUUGGCUCGCGAUUGAUUAGUCGAGUACACUCGAUAGAUCAAUCGCGGAUUACCUGUGACCCGGCUGCUGGCGAAGCACUGCAACUGAGUGACAACAAAAUUCGCUUGACAACAAAAUUCGCUCGAGUGACAACAAACGUCGCUCGGGCGCCCACACCCUUUGCACCAAACUGCAGAUUACAUGUUAAAAAAUGAAUUUUGCACUGGAAUUUCAGAUGCGAUUUUCUCGCCCGCCAGAGCUCUUUUGCAAAAAUGGAGAGCAGAUUCGGAUUCUCCGUGAAAUUCUCUUUCGAAUCGUAUAGGUCCCAUUCCAAAAGCCCAAGGUAAGUGCAGGCCAUUCCCUAGUAAGCCACGUGGGCACUCUUCUGCCAGAAAGCAGUAACUUUUGCCUAUUCUGAGACCCUCCAGAAGUUGGAGCUAUGAAUCAUUUGUUCUGUUUGCUCAAUUGGCGGUCUUCUUAAGGCUCUUGGGCUCUUCCUUGAUGGGCUAAAAGCCUGUCAACGCUCAUUAACGCCUACACAUCUUCCUAAGCUCCUGAGGCUGCUUCUUUUUCUUCUUUUUCUGCUUUUUCGGAUGCUUUGCCUAUCCAUUUUCUGAAUUCUCAAGCUCUAGAACCGACCAGCAGGACGCUUUCUUCCUCUGCCUUUCCCGAAUAUUAUAUCAAGUGGCUGCCGGAUGGCGAUGGAGCAGCUCCGACGACGAAAAGCUCAUAACUUUGGCUCCGCCUACUUUCUUUGGUGGGGAGGGGGGUCCUUAGCCUUAAACGGAAGGCCAUUCCAUUCAAUUCUCCAGACGACAAAAACCCGUCGCACACACACUUUUUUGUUUUAUGGUCUUGUUUUGCACGGACGUUCGUGGACGCUCUCGGAUGACCCCUACCCGUAGAUUUCAUGUCGAGUUCUGCAGUUUUUUUCCUAGUUUUGGGAGAGAUUUUGGUAAAAAGAGAAAGAAGAUUCUGCAGUUUUCUCUCGACUUUACAAGCAUAUAUAUCUGACGAAAUAUGCGUCUGUUUUCUCUAAACAAAUGCAAGCGUUCUGCUAAAUAUGGCUUCCUCUAUUCCUCCUGACUCCCACCAAUUUCCUCUUCCGUCCUAUAAUGACCCAGGUGUCUGUCUGUCCCUGGGCUCCAAAACUCGUGACCGCUGAAAGCUCAGAGCAUUUGAGCACGAAGAUUGACUCUCGUUUUCUUUUUCUUACACCUUCCAAGAUAAACAUGCUCUCGCGAGAGGCAAUUACCUCCGGCUUCUUCUCGAGAGUGAAAAGGAACACGGCACAGUCGAUUUAGACGCCUUUUUUGCACUGCACACUCUCUUGGGAACUCGCUAAUAUUUCUUCUUUUUCCAGAACCAUUCUUCUCAAUGCCAUCAUGAAGAUUCACAGUUGUUCGAGUUGGUCAAGAUGGUUUCUGAGCGUUUUCCUUCAGUUAUCAGGUAAGAAUCAACUGUAGUCUUCUUAAUCUUGCCACGUGUCAUCUUACAGUAACCCUUUCGCCCACACGGUGCUCAUUCCCUGGUGGCAACUGCAUAGAACCCUGUAUCGCUGAGAUGCAGCAGGUAAGCUGGAUAAUCAACAAAUAUUGUGCUUUCACGCUUUUUGCCCUUUCACCCACUUUCACUGAGUUCACUCUGUCUUUUCUGUUCUUGACUCAAUCACAACUAUCAAACUCACGCCCUACUUUCCAAAAUGAGCUUUCCGUGAGCCCAUUCACUCGCACCAUGCCGUGUUCGUGUCGCAAUUCCAGUCACUCGAAGCAACUCCACUGCUGCAGAGCGAGCAAUUGGGCCAGUUGAGCUUGAGCUCACUUGUAUCCACGUCAUCCAACAAGGAGCUCACGGAACGGAGCUUUCACGAUAUCUGCCAGUGAGUUAAUUGAUAGUGCAACGCAGAAAAGUGCGUUCAAAAACGAACAUUUAUCGAAGUAUCAUCAACCACGGACGGAAGAGAGCUUCACAAAACAUCUCUAGUCCAAGUUUAAUGUCAGUCAGCUUAUUUCCCGAGAAGACUUAGCUCAACGAAGAGCUUUUCAGUACCAAAAUCACAUGAAGAGCACUUUUCCUUUUCCCAUUAUUAUUCUUCCGAAAAUUUGCCCAAAAAAGGGGAAAAGUUUGUUCAGACACCUCUGUGAAGUACUCUUGACACGCACCCACUCGGUUUCUUUCUUUCUUUUCAGAGCCUACACACGUGUCGACUUGUGUCUUCACUCAUGCGAGAAGGUGUCACAACACUCGGCGAGCAUACGAAAAACCUACGCGGGCAUACGAUUCAUUUGUGUCGAGCACAGAGACGGUGAGGAAUUAUUCAACGCGAGCGCGGGGGAGGCUAUUAGGCAAAAUCACAGUGUCACAAUAAUUAGUCGUGCCCAUCUCAUCUGUGUGUGGGUGUCACAAGUGCUUCCAGUUCUAGCCAGCUUCUGCCCCAGGGGAUCGUUCAUCGUUUUUCAUCUGGUCUCCGCAAAGUCCGUGACACUUUGAUUUACUAACCCCGCCGGGUCAUGUCAGGUUUUCGCCCCUUCUAUGCUCUUUUCUUCCUUGCUCUUUCUUUUAUCGGCGAAAUGUCAAGGCUAAUAAAUCGGGGCCGUGUUUCGGAGGCUCUCGUCAAUUUGGUAAAUGGGCUCCUAGCUCCUUGCUCCGAGAGCAAUCUUCUCUCGGAAAUUGUAGUACAAACACCUGUCGAGGGGAAGGGGAAAUAUUGUGGAUUCGCAUAAAAUCAGAACGAUUUCAGAAUUCUUCCGUUCGCUUCCCUGCCUCGCCGAGUGAGUCUCCCACGUCCUUUGGAUGCAUUCAAUGCCGCAAAGUUGGCUCAGAGGGCUCAAAAGAGAAAGGAGCCCUCGAGUUUUUCACACAAUCAUUAAAAGCUCAUAAUUUAUAAUCAUAUGGAACUUUUGACCUUCUUCUAUCUACCGAGAAGGAAAAUACUCAUUUCAUUGAACAUUUAGGGGUGUACAAUAUUUUUUUGUGCUCGUAUCUUAUUAGAGACCCCUCAUUUAAAAUUCCAAAUUUUACAAUUUGAAAAUUGCCCUUUUCGGUUCCAGUAAAUUUGAAGGAUAAUUUUCGGAAAUGGACAUGUUGACUACUAAAUAAUCGUUCAGACACGAGAAGAUCGCAUUGCAACAGUGCCGACCGCAAAUCAACGCGUCCCUGGCGGCCAGCAACCGCUUUUCGGUCACCGUGCUUCGAAAAGAGCAUCACAAUUUGAGAACACAUUUUGAGACUCUUUGCAAGUAAGUGCUUUAGAGUUUCUUCGCAAAUUCUGAAAUUUGUUAUUAGAAAGCUGGGCUCAAUGAUCGAGUGCGUGGAGCCGGUGACUCGAGCUGGUUGUGGCGAUCAGGCGGCCAAGAUGAUGCUUCGGUUCAUAACUGUCGGAUUUUCCAGGUCAGUACAGCGCCUUUUCACAUCCAAAAAUCUUUCACUUUUAGUUUCGAGCAACUCUACUCUCAACUUGGAAUUUCCGACCAGCUCCCGACCGCCUGUAAAUCGCUCCUUUCUCUUCAACGUCGAACUCAGUUAUCCCACGAACGCCGUCACUUUGUGCUCCCUCAGGCGUCUUCUGAGUACAGCGUUUUCAGCUCAAUCUCUCCUAAUUUCUCAAUAUUUCUACCGCUUCUCCUAG